GUUUCUAAGUAUCUUUAUCAUCUUCAUUUCAAACUAGGAAACUCCAUUGAAUCUAAGAAGAAACAAAUCACACAUUGAAGCCGAACCAGUUUGGAAUAGUUAAUGCUUUACAUAGCUAGCUGCCACUUUAAUGAUCCACAAUUUCUGCUUUUGCUUAACUUUGACCAGCUUUUCAAGCUCUCACCUAAAUUUGUGUUUCCAAAUACUAUUUUCUCAGCAAAAGCAAGAACAAUUCCUUGCUUGCAACCAAGGUCUUCUCUGGUUCCUGGAUCUUGUAACAUUGAGUCAGACAUUCUGAUAUUCAAUGUUUGAGAUUGUCUGUAAUAAUGGAAAACUAUUUGUUUUAAAUAUGUCUUUGAUAAGAUAAUAUUUUAUUAUUAUUAUUUCUCACUCUUCUUUCUCUUUUCUUUUUCUGCGUUUUCUUAACCCUCCAAUUCAGUUCUCUUCUGGCUUCUCUAAUUCUGUUCCAAGGUCAGUUCUUGCACCCAAACAUCUCUUUGCCUCUCAAUAAUCUCGCCCAAACGCGAUUCUAGCUAUCGCCAUUAUCCUUUCUUCUCUCCCUUUAUUGAAAGGUUGUGUAAAUUUGUGGUGAGAGGUUGUUAUUGGUGAUGUGUGAUUAAGGUGUGUUUGUCAGAGUGAGGUGGUGAUUGCAUUGAAUCUUCAAAAUGAAUGAUGGUAGGCAAAUGGGGGUGCAGUAUGUAGAUACUGGGUUUCCCUAUACUGUUUCUGAAAGCUUCAUGGAUUUCUUCCAAUGCCUCACCACGCACUUGCCUGUCAAUUAUGCUCACGCUGGCUCAGUGCUCGAUCAGGAAAGUAUCUACUGGACAAUGAACAUGAACCCUUACAAGUUUGGAUUGUCUGGCCCUGUAACUACAUGCUAUUAUGGUUCUUACGAGAUAAAUGAUCAUUUUCCAAGAAUGGAGAUGGAUAGGGGAAAGUGGGAAUACCCUUCAACAAUAGUCGUGGAUGAACCAACUCCAAUUGAAUCUCCAUCUGGAAGAGAUGGAGUCACAAGCAUGCAGACAAUCCCGGAAGAAUGCAGUCCAAAUCAUCAAGAAUCCAGUAGUAACGAGGUCAUGUGGCAAGACAACAUUGAUCCAGAUAAUAUGACAUAUGAGGAACUACUGGACCUGGGUGAGGCAGUGGGAACUCAUAAUCGUGGUCUUUCCCAAGAACUUAUUGACACACUUCCAACCUCAAAGUACAAUUUUGGGAGCUUAUUUAGAAGAAAAAAUUCUGCGAAAAGGUGUGUGAUUUGUCAGAUGUCUUAUAGAAGAGGUGACCAGCAAAUAAAAUUGCCAUGCAGCCAUGUUUACCACAGUGAAUGCAUAACAAGAUGGCUUAACAUUAACAAGAAGUGCCCAGUUUGUAACAUUGAGGUAUUUGGUGAGGAUUCAUCUAAUUAGCAUCAACAUGGAAAAAAAAAAGAUACAGAAGCAAAUUCAUUUUCCUUCUUGCUCCAUUAAUAUUUUCCCUUAUUUCAUCCAGCUCUUUUUCCAAUCUUAAUUGUUUACAGUUUGAUACUAGAAACAUUGAAUGGUAAUAUAUUAUAUUGGUUAAUUUAGUUUCA